GGCCUUGCUGGCUGCACAUCCCACCGUGGAUCGGUCUGACAGUGGAAAGGCAGGCGAGCAGGAUGGCACUGCGGUUCGAGGCAUCAUACCCAGAGGGGCUGUGUCCUGGUUGGAGCGUGAUAGUUAAAGGCGAAGCGAGCUCCAAUGCAAAUAUGUUUGAAAUUAAUUUCCUCUGCAAUGCAGGAGACCAAAUCGCUUUCCACUUUAACCCUCGCUUCUCUGACUCCAAAAUCGUCUGCAACUCCUUCCUAUCCAACCGCUGGGGGCCGGAAGAAGUAACUGACACCUUCCCACUAAAAGCCAAGGAACCUUUCCAGAUUGAAAUCUACUCUGACUCAGACUAUUUCCAUGUUUCCAUUGAUGAAAACAAAAUCCUCCAGUACAAGCAUCGGCAGAAACAGCUCUCGGCUAUCACCAAACUGCAGGUCGUGAAUGAUGUCAGAAUUUCUUCAAUGGAAAUCACCAAACGUGGUCUUUAUUAGGCACUAAAGCUGGGAUGGGAUCUCCAGCCUACCCACCCUUAAGAGCCCUGCCCCAGUAGGCAACUGGUUACCCUCUCUCCUCCCUCUCCCACCCAUCAUCUGCUGCUGUCUCCAGCAGGAAGGAUGUUGCUGGAGAACACUAUAGCACAGAGUUGUCAUACCCAUUUCAUUUCAUUUCAUAAUGGAGAUAUCCCAUCUCCUAGAACUGGAAGGGACCUUGAAAGGUCAUCGAGUCCAGCCCCCUGCCUUCACUAGCAGGACCAAAUACUGAUUUUGCCCCAGAUCCCUAAGUGGCCCCCUCAAGGAUUGAACUCACAACCCUGGGUUUAGCAGGCCAAUGCUCAAACCACUGAGCUAUCCCUCCCCCCAUGAUGUACUCUAUCCUAGCAAUACAAUGGCAAUACACAGUGAGCUCAUUAUGUCAGUCAGUCCAGAUCCCUAGAGUCAUUCUGACGCCAUGUGCCCUACGGUGGAGAACUGGAAGUCUAGGCAUUUUCAUCCUUGUUUGUCGUAAUGAACAAUGGCAUUCCACACAGCAGUUUGUUGUGUGUGGCAGUCUGCACUGAAUGGUAAGAAUAUUUGAAUUUUAUCCAAGCAAAUAUUCCUACUCUGGAAUAGGGUAUGGAUUAGCUACAUUGCUGUGGAGGCAUUGAUCUAGGGGAUGUGUAAAAAUGAUGCCAACAGAGAGGGGCAUGUGCCUAUUGGAGCUUGGUACAAUGUCGACAUGAUCACCAAUAAAAUCUGAAAAAUGGCA